AUGCGAUCUAUUUUUGAAUCAACUGACGAAAUAAAGCAGCUAAACUAUGAGUUUUGGAUGCCAUAUGAGUCUUCAAACGAUAUAGAAGUUUUUACCGAUCAACUCUAUGAAGUUUCUAGCCCCACCUAUAAAUAGUUUUAAAAUGCGAAAUUAAUUAUUUUUAAAAUAAAUAAUCUUGCGUUGCUACUAUAAUUAAUAAGUUUGGCAUAUAAUUUAAAUAUUAUGAAUUGAAGUAGAAAAGUAAGAAUAAAAUUAAAAUCGGAGCUUACACACUGACAAAAACGAAACUUAUAAAACACAAGCCUAUUAAAAAAUCAGUACCAAUAGAGUGGAAACUCGUAAUUCCAUUCAUUGAUGAAAUUAACAACUCUAAGCGCUUUGGUUUUAGGCUCGGUCACACAUCACAUUAUCGAGAUUUUUUUGUUUCAACUCAAGAAAAGCUCGACCUUUGGUUAUCAUUUUUUUCAAAUAUUUGCAUCAUGACUGACGUUGAAAACGAUUUCAACUUCAUCAAAAGAAUCGGCAAAGGAAAAUCAGCUCACGUUUUUCUCACAGAUUGUAUAGAAAAUUCUCAAAAAUAUGCUAUAAAAUCAAUAAAUAAAUAA